AUGCCCCUCAACCCCACCACCACCGCCAUCACAAUCGACGACCUCCUCUCCUCCGCCGACGAGCGCUCCCAGGAGCUCGCCACCGUCGCCGCAAUCUACCCCGAGCUGCACCCGCUCAGUCCCACCUCAGCCACCAUCCAGCUCCCCGUGAGCCCCCUCGUACCCGUACCCGUACUCUUCCAAGACGAAAACCCCACCACCACCACCAACAAGAACACCAAGAACCAGCCAUUACUCCCCAUCUCACACUUCCCGCCACUGACACUACUAUGCACCCUCCCCAGCGGCUACCCCAAAACCGCGCCGCCCACAAUCACACUCAGCACCCACCCACCCUGGCUCCCCGCACCCGUCAUCACCCGCCUCCAAUCCGAGAUCGCAGCGCUCUGGGAGGACUACGGCCGCGAACAAACAGUCUACACCGCCAUCGACCACAUCGCCACCUGCGCCGAGCGCGCAUUCGACAUUGCGCCCCCGCUCGCGCUGCCGGCGCGAAUGAAGGCGGCUAUGGCAGAGUACAACGACACCACGGUGCGCGCCGUCUUUACGGCCGGCACGUAUGAGUGUGGCAUCUGUCUGGAGCCCAAGAAGGGCGGCGUGUGCCAUCGCGUUAGGAGCUGCGGACAUGUGUUUUGUAGGGAAUGCUUGAGCGACUAUUUUGCCGCGUGUAUUGCGGAGGGGAAUGUUGCGGCCGUGACGUGCUCGGAUCAGGCGUGUGUCAGGAAGGCGGCGAAGGUGGCUGCUGCUGCUCCCCCGCCGCCGUCGCAGCAGCAGGGGGAGAAGAGCGCAAAGAGUAUGUUGCUCCCGCCGACGCUGCCGCCGGAGGAGCUGGCGGAUAUCGGCAUCUCGAGGGAGCUCGUGAAGCGCUAUGUAGACUUCAAGCAGAAGUCUGCGCUCGACGCAGACCCGGGGACCGUCUACUGCCCGCGUAACUGGUGCCAGGCGCCGAGUCGGGAGAGUAUCGCCGCGCUGGAAAAGGCGAUGGCGAUGAACCACACCACGUACUACCUCCCCCCGCACGGCCUUGCCCCUACCCCUCCCACCUCUGCCGCCGCCGCCACCACCACCACCACGGCGGGGGCAGGGGCGGCGCCACACCAGAAGCUCCAAGUCUGCUCGCGCUGCACACUCGCCUUCUGCCGCGUGUGCGAGCGCAGCUGGCACGGCGACGGGACCAUCUGCCGGGCGCCCAACGCGCCGCUUACCGCAGAGGAGCUUGCGAACGAGGACUACAUCAAGACGAACACCACGGCGUGUCCAGAGUGCAGCACGCCGAUUCUCAAGAGCCAUGGGUGCAACCAUAUGAUCUGCAAGUGCCAGGUGCACUUUUGCUUCCUGUGCUCGGCGUAUCUGAGCCCUAGUCAGCCGUUUAAGCAUUUCAAUACGCUGGGGACGGAGUGUUAUAUGCGCUUGUGGGAGGGGGAGGAGGGGGAUGGGGGGAGGGAUGGGGGGGAGGGGGAGGAGGGGGAGGAGGGGUUUGGGGGGUUUGUGGUUGUGCAGGGUGUGGGGGGGUGA